GAGAGAGAGAAGCACACGGGAAAUUGGCGGUGUGUGACGAAGGACUGUCAUAUUUUACCUGGAACAGGUUGGACUGUCACCUGAAAGCUAAUUCCGGGUGGAGGAAGAUUGAAAUGUUUGGUUAGUGACUGACACUCGGCACAUGGAACAGCAACACUUUCACGAUGCAGGGCUAGACGAGGCUGAUGUUCCAGCACAUUAUCAUUGUGAGUGUGGAGAAAGGGUUGUCACAGGGACCUGAAUGUGUGUGAUCAGAUGAGGCAUCCUUCAAAUGGCGAAUAACAUCCCCUUGGGACUGCUGGAAGCUUGUGUGGUUGUAGGAGCAUCCAGUGAUCACCUGAAGGAUUUACACGCGCUGCAGAAUGGCAAAGAGAAAGAGCCAGUGCUGUUGGAGGCUGAGGUGUUACAGGUCCAUGCCCCACCUUUUGUGACUAAAGGAGACACAAGCGAUGAUCAAGGUUAUGCCUCAGCCUUCAGUAGGGUCCAGAGGAGACGCUCGUUCUUAAAAAAGAAAAGAGAGAGAUCCGAGUCAUCCCUCAACGGGACCAAGAUCGCAACAGAUGAUCAGAGUGUGCCUAAAGACAUCGACCUCAUUGCCCUGCCUCAGCUCUGUUUCCCAGAUGGGUUGAGAGUCGUCAGUGAGAGUCAAGAAGACUCUUAUCACUUCCUGGUUUUCACAGACGUCCUUGGGAACCAGACACAUGGAGUGGUCGUUCAGUAUUAUAAAUCCAUACAGGUAUCUGUGAACAGUAUAACAUACAAAAAUGAGCACUACUUGUCCAAACCAAAAAAGCUAUUCACAGCCUAUGGAAUCUGCCUUAUUUCCAAAUACCCUUACUACACCGCUCUAAGAGACUGCCUGUCCGCCUUCCUUGUCCAGCUCAAGACAUCACGGAUGUCGGAGUUCGAGGAGCAGGUGAGGGAAUUCUCAGCCAAAUUGGCACUGGUUCCCAUUCCGCCACCUGGACAGCUGCAAGUGGCAUUUAACCUGAAACCCCUACAGAUCAUUCUUCCACCUAGAGAAGAUAAGGACUGUCCUGCCGUGGACCUGGAUCUCCAUUUACCUUUUCUCUGCUUUCGACCUGAGCAGAUCUUACAGGUGAUCUGUAGUAUCUUGACGGAGCAGCGGGUUGUGUUCUUCUCCUCGGAAUGGGCCAGGCUCACGCUAGUGGCUGAGUGCUUCAUGCUGUUCAUCCACCCACUGCGCUGGCAACACCCUUACGUUCCUGUUCUUUCCCGAGAGAUGAUGGACUUCCUCAUGGCUCCUACCUCUUACCUCAUGGGCUGCCAUGUUCAGCACCUAGAAGAUGUAGCUGCAGAGACAGAUGAUCUGAUCCUGAUUGAUAUUGAUAAUGGAACAGUAACUUCAUCAAAUGCUGCAGACUUGCCAGAUAUGCCAGUGGCUGCCACAGAAUGUUUUAAAAAACGCGUCGAGGGGCUGCAGAUUCACUAUGACCUGGAGUCGUGCAGACAUGGCAGCAGCAUGGACGUGUCUGAGGUGCGGAGUCGCAGACGUCAGUGGCAGCGCAAACUCAACUCAGAAAUCUUGAAUAUCAGCCUCGAGCUAAUUGUCAACAUCUUUAGAGAGGUUCAUGACCAUCUAAACUUUGAGCAUCGAGUUUUCAACAGUCAGGAGUUUUUUAGGGCACAGAAUCCAGCGGACCAGCCAUUUUACAAAAAGGUCUUGGAUACACACAUAUUUCAUUUUUUUUUAAAAGAUUGUUUAAAUAGGAAGAUGGAUGCUUUUGCACAGAUGAAGAAAAAUACUCAAGCAGAAGCUUACAGAAUGAGGACCAUGCCAGAGUCCCUGCAGAGGCCGGACUUAAAGGAGUUGGCACACAAAAAGCCGGAUUACCAGUUGCGUAAGAGGCUGGGUAUGAGUCUGCCCAACCUGGUAGAGGACUCUUCUCUGAUGGCACCUAUACGUCAGCUGUCCUUCCAGAAAUUUGACAAGAGAGCCACAGUCAAGUCAGCUUUUAAGAUUCCCCCAAAGCCAGUCAAAACAUUUAAACUCCCAGAAUUCCCUCCUCCUCUGGCCUAUCACUAUGUUCAAAACUAUUAUUCUGAAAUUAUCAGUCAACUCAGCAAGGCCAUUAACUCUGCAACACCAGAGGACUCGUCCCUGCUAGCACGCUACUACUACCUACGCGGCCUGAUCUGUUCCGUAGCAGGAAAACGGCUGGACGCUCUAACGGACUUCCAGAGUCUUCACAAGACAGAUAUGGACAUCUUCCCUCUAGAGUUGGUGACUAUGCUGACAGACUCACUAAGGACAGAAGAGCGCCGCGUGGCUGAGGGACGGCCAGAGCUGAAGCGCCUCAUCAGCCGAGUGAAGAAAAGCUGCAGCCAGGACGACUACCCUGAUGGCGGUUCGGUGAAGAAGUUUGAGCUCCCGCGUACACACAUGUUUCUGGAAGAUUUUGUGCGACGUGUGCAGGAGUCGGGCAUCGUCAAAGACCUGGGAACCAUCCAGCGCCUGUUUCAGGCUCUUACAGUGGGUAUGGAGUCUACAGCGAAGGUCACAGCCCAGUCUGUUUUUUACCUUGAUUCCUCACCAGAUGGUCAACAGAAGCAGGUGGACCCAGAGGUUUUCCGCUUCUUCUACACCAUCUGGAAGGAGACAGAGGCUGAAGCACAAGAUGUAUAUUUGCCUGUAGCUGUGCUUGAACACCUGGAGGCCAACGAGCAAGUGUACAAGCUCUCAUCAUCGGUGAAGACUAGCCAUGGAGUGGGCAAGAUCGCCAUGACUCCACGCCGACUUUUUCUCCUCACAGAGGGACGUCCAGGUUAUGUGGAGGUCGCCAAGUUUAGAGACAUAGAGGAAGUGAAAAUAUCGUCAGCGCCUUUACUUCUUUUGAGGAUCCCUUCUUUAAAGAUUAAGACCCGCACGAGGAGGGAGACCUUCGAGGCGAAUCUGAAAUCUGAGUGUGAUCUUUGGCAUUUGAUGAUUAAGGAGCUGUGGGCAGGAAAGAAAAUGUCAGAUGAACACAAGGACCAUCAGUACAUACAACAGGCUCUGACAAAUGCCCUGCUGAUGGAUGCUGUGGUCAGAUGUCUCCAGUCUCAAAAAGCUAUUUAUGCUGCCUCUAAAUUGGCCUACUUCGACACAAUGAAACGAGAAGUACCGAUAAUGGUGCCUAAAACAACAUCAGAGACACUGAAACAUAAAAUCAACCCUUGUCUGGACUUGACGUCUCCUCAGGCUGUGGAUGUCCUGCUGUACACUCCAGGACAGCUGAGCGCUUCAGCCUCGGACAGCGGUGGUUACCCAAAACUUUGGUGUGCUUUGAGUGAUGGGAAGGUGGUGGUGUUUGAUGCAGCCAGCUGGUCCCUGCAGCAGAAUUGCAUUCAAGUGGGGACCUCCCGCCUUAGUUGCAUGCUGGGCCUAGACCAUCAGCAUUUGUGGAUUGGUUCUCAGGACUCAAUCAUUUAUAUAAUCAACCCAAACAGCAUGUCCUGCAAUAAACAGCUGACAGAGCACCGCGCUGAGGUCACUGGCCUCGCCCUGGAGGAAAAGCUUGACAAAUACAGCCAGUUGCUGGCGUACUCCUGCAGUGCAGAGGGAACAGUGAUCGUUUGGGACGUGGCCACGCUGCAGGCGAAACGUGACAUCAAACUGAAUUGUGACAGACUGCAGUCCAUUCAAAUCCACAGUGGAAGACUAUGGUGCUGUGCACGGGACUGUGUCAUGGAGGUGCGGCGGAAUGGCCAACUGCAUCGCAGGAUAUCUCUCCCUGAUCACCUCAGGAGUUCAACAUUUUCCUACAGCAGCUUCUUAGUCUUUAUUGAGAAGAAUCAGAUGUGGACUGGCUGCACAGAAGCAGGAGAGUUGUGUUUGUGGCACCUCGCUGACCUGGAGAAGCCCUUCCAGAGGAUCCAGCUGCCUGACUGCACCGGUGUCAUCUGCAUGAUUAGAGUCAAAAACCAGAUCUGGGUGGGAGGCCAAAGUAACAGUGGGGGGAAAACACGUGGAAAAAUUUAUGUGGUGGACACUGAGCGCCUCCUAGUGGAAAAGGAGUUACUGGCUCAUUCGGACACCGUUCAGACUCUGUGCUCGGCCGAGGACCGCUACAUCCUCAGCGGCGCUGCGGCCAAGGAUGGAAAGAUCGCCAUCUGGAAAGUGGAAUAGUAUACAAGUUAUGUGAUUUCUGUCUGGAUUAUUCAGAAACUUGACUGCAUUACUGCAAGAACAGGCACAAGGUCACGGAACGCUGUUGUACACUUAAAGACCGAGAGAGUUAUUGAAUUUUACUGAGGAUUUUUUAUUAUUCUCUCUUUAUUUUACAUCUUGGCUUCAGGGUGAACUGCCUGCAACAAACAAGCAAAGAAGCAGACUGAAGUAGAAUCUUUCUUGUAACUGAAGAUUCAUCCAAUGGUCUCAGGAAGGACUAUUUAAAAUAAAUAACCAGAUUUUUUUCCCACUCCAUCACUGCCUACUGUGCUUGAAUUCAGCAAUGUUAACAGUAUUUUGUUAUCCUAGUAGUCUCCAAACUCCUCGACAAAGCAGUCGGUGUGCCUGCAGGUUUUUAUUUUAGCUACAUAGAAGCUAUACCAAAUUUUAGGUUAAAAACACAGGAUGAAUUUAUUAAAAAGUGAACUUAAGGUGUGAUUUUAGCUUGGAAUAAAAAUUCCUGAAUGUGUAAGUAGAAUGCUUUGGAUAAUACUUGUAGUAAUUAUCAAAAUAUUUAUUUUCAUAAGUACUAUUUGUACCUCUGUAUUCUUACUGUGUAUAUAAUGUUCUGAAUUAGAUUUCUUCUUUCAUCUUAAAACUGUUUGCUUGCUCAUAUUUUCUUAAUAUUGUAAAGUAUCAAGUUUCCUUUUGUAAACUAUAUUGUAUUGGAGAUUCACCUCCUGCUUCACUGAAUUGUAACUUUUUUGUAAUUUAGUAUUAUAAAAUGUGCCAAGUAGUAAUUCCCCAUAUAUUUGAAAAUGGCUCUGGAGACAAUUCUGAAUCGGAAUUCUUUGGAUGUAAAGAAAACACAACUACACACAACCAUUAAAAAACUCCAGGGGGCAGCAGUGUGCCAUUUGUGCCCAA